AUGAGACCAACCUUUCUUCAAAUUUUUCAAUUGCCAUAUUUCCAGAAAUCUGCAACAGAAAAUCGGUUACGUUCUCUUCGCGACAUUAAACUCAAGAAAGGGAUUGAGAUGUAUAUGUCCGAGAUCAAAGAAGCAUCACAACAAGUACCUCUAAUGUUAGAAUUGAACAACUUUCUUUGUGAAUGCACAAACGAAAAGUUAGCUCGAAAGUUAAACAAUGAAGACGUUCAGAUUGUAUUACAUUUAAUCAUCUCGUCACACACCGAAAUUAACACUCAAACUUUUUUUGCGACGUACCCUUUUUUCUUGUUUUUUCUCGACGACUGCCUUUCCUUCUUCUCAGACUUCCAAGUCAGAAAGGACGCACUUGACUUUGUAAUUAAGUUGAUGCUCCACUUAAGCUUCGACCAACACUUCACACAACUUCUCUUAGCAGCAGCAGACUUUCCCGUCUUUGGAGGGUAUGACUACAAAUACCUUCAACCCGCUUUAAUGUCGUACAUGUAUGCAUUCCCUUCAAAAUCAACACUAGAGAGGAAGACAGAAGCCGUCUACUUUAUUACUACUAUUCUCUCAACUUGCUUCGACAAAGAGUCCAACAUGAAUAAACUGGGCGCACUUUUUAAAGGUAUUAUCACAGAGAUUUUCCCCUCUAUUCUCUUCAAAAUCCCAGACUUCAUUAACACCUCCGUACACGAGAAAUACCUUUUGACAGAAUAUAAAGAGGUCGUCAUUUUGUUCCUCAAAAUAUUCCUCAUUAACCCAACACGCUUCGUCGGGCUUUGUAAAACAUUUUCUUUUCUCGACACAUUCAAAACAAUUUUUGUUAUUGUAAUGGAGAUGGGAUGGACCGCGAACGAGUUCCAGGAACAAGUACUCCCAGCACUCAGGUGGUACUUUUUCCUCUUUUUUAGCCAAAAUGUGGAAACCCUGAAGUUGGGGCUGGGGACAGAAAGGCUUCUUUUUUUACAAAAGUUUUUUAUUGAAAAACUUGAACGCUUUUUGGUCACGCGAAAGAUACAACAAAACGAGGAUCUCAAACUGUAUGAAAGCGUGAUUGGAUUUUUGGAGGGAUGCGCCAAUUCGUUCACUUCAUACGAUCUUGCGUUUUGUAUCUUUUUUGAAAAUGUUUUUGAAAAAUGUUAUGUAGCGAUUUUGAAUGGGAUAAUUCCCGUUGUGGGCAAUUUAGAUGGGAGUGUCGAUAUUUUUGAAGUCGAAUUGGCACAGAAAAGUCAACGACUUGUGUGGACUUUACUUGUCGUUUUGUUCAAAAUCACGAAAAAUCAAGAAAGCGUUUGGUUUGAUGGAGAUCACUCACUCAGAAAAAUCAUCAUGUAUUUAGAAAAAUUCAUGGUAUUGGCAUUAGAAAAUCAUGAGGUUUUGGAUUUGAUGGCAAAACGAAAAAAAUUCGAGACAAAUUUUUAUGGGUGGACUGAAGAGGACUACAAAACGAUAUUUCAAAGACUCUCAAAAUUACUUUUGUCGCUCGACACACUUGUGGAUCCAACUAUUAUAACAAAAGUAAAAAUCUUGUCUGAAGACCCGAAAAAAACUAUCAAUAAGAGGAAGGUCAUUUAUUUGUAA